AUGGCGCUCCCCCAGGUUCUCGCGUUCGGGCUCCUGCUCGCGGCGGCCACCGCGGCGGUGGCCGCGGCUCAGAAAGGAUGUGUCUGUGAAAACUACAAACUGACCACAAACUGCUCUUUGAACACACAUGGUCAGUGCGAGUGUACUUCAAUUGGUGCACAAAAUUCUGUCAUUUGCUCAAAACUGGCAACCAAAUGUCUGGUGAUGAAAGCAGAAAUGACUGGCACAAAGUCUGGGAGAAGAGCGAGACCUGAGGGGGCUUUCCAAAAUAAUGAUGGGCUUUAUGAUCCCGACUGUGAUGAGAAGGGGCUCUUUAAAGCCAAGCAGUGCAAUGGCACCACCACAUGCUGGUGUGUAAACACUGCUGGGGUCAGAAGAACUGAUAAGGACACGGAAAUAUCCUGCUCCGAACGCGUGAGGACCUACUGGAUCAUCAUUGAACUAAAACACAAAACAAGAGAAACACCUUAUGAUAUUAAAAGUUUACAGACUGCACUUAAGGAGGUAAUCACAACUCGUUAUCAACUAGAUCCAAAAUAUAUCACAAACAUUCUGUAUGAGAAUGAUCUUAUCACUAUUGAUCUGGUGCAGAAUUCAUCUCAGAAAACUCAGAAUGAUGUGGACAUAGCUGAUGUGGCUUAUUAUUUUGAAAAAGAUGUUAAAGACGAAUCCUUGUUCCAUUCCAAUAAAAUGGAUCUGAGAGUAAACGGGGAGCUAUUGGAUCUGGAUCCCGGGCGAACUGCAAUUUACUAUGUUGAUGAAAAACCACCUGAAUUUUCAAUGCAGGGUCUGCAAGCUGGUAUUAUUGCUGUCAUUGUAGUUGUGACACUUGCAAUUAUUGCUGGAAUCGUUGUGCUGGUUAUCUCCAGAAAGAACAGAAUGGCAAAGUAUGAGAAGGCUGAGAUAAAGGAGAUGGGUGAGAUGCAUAGGGAACUCAAUGCAUAA